AUGCAAUACAACAUCUUCCCAAUAAUGCGUAGCUUCAACAUCAUUGACGGUUGCAAGGGAACUCAAUUGUAUACUAUCAACCCCUCCGGCACCGGCACCGCCACCUGCAGUGGUAUUGGCGAUAAGCUUCUCCAACAACUUCACGAUCACAUUAAGACCCAAACCCUUAGAACCAAAUCCAAUCGGAACUUCAUUUCUCCGAACACCACCCCACCUUCCGAGGUUGUUUUCUGUGAGGGCACCCUCCUCCCCUAUGGCCUCCCCAUGACAGAACUUCUUGAACCCAAAAUUGAACCGUCCCUCGUCUCUCCCGAUUUAGUGGAAACCCUCGCCGGUGCUUAUCGUCGUGCCGAGGACUGCCCCCAGUUCGAGCGCACCGAGGUCUUCCUCCAGCAAUGCACCAUCUUUCGAAGCUUAGCAGACCCCAAGCUCUUCCGUCGCAGCCUUCGCGCCGCUCGGCAGCACGCCACUAGCGUGCAUGCUAAGGUCGUGCUCGCCGCUUGGCUGCGCCACGAGCGCCGUGAGGACGAGCUCAUCGGGUCGUCUUCCAUGGACUGCAGAGGGAGGAACCUUGAGUGUCCCCGGGCAACCUUGGAGCCAGGCUAUGACCCGGAGUCUGUGUUUGAUCCUUGCCCAUGCACGCGUGCACGUGCAGUGAAUUCUGAUCAACGCCCCACGUCCGAGGAAGAGGAUGGUGACAUGUCGUUCAUUGUCGGUGAAGAUGAAGUUAGGUGCAAUAGGUUCAACAUAGCCUCACUUUCAAGGCCCUUUAAUACAAUGUUGUGUGGUGAAUUCGUAGAGUCAAAAAGGGAGCACAUUAAUUUUUCACAGAAUGGUUUUUCUGUUGAGGCACUGAAAGCUGCUAAGGAGUUCAGUAGAAGUAAGAGGUUGACCCAUUUGGAGCCUAUGGCUGUGUUGGAGUUGUUGUCUUUUGCGAAUCGUUUUUGUUGUGAAGAGAUGAAGCAUGCAUGUGACGUACAUUUGGCUUUGCUAGUUUGUGACCUGGAGGAUGCGUUGUUGCUUAUAGAGUAUGGAUUGGAGGAAACUGCAUACCUUCUUGUUGCAGCUUGCUUGCAGGUGUUUCUCCGAGAGCUCCCAUGUUCCAUGCAGUGUUCGAGUUUUGUGAGGAUGCUUUCUAGUCCAGAGGGUAGGGAUAGGCUAGCCAUGGCGGGACAUGCGUCAUUUAUGUUGUAUUACUUUUUGAGUCAGGUUGCGAUGGAGGAAGAGAUGAGAUCUAACACAACUGUGAUGUUGUUGGAGAGGUUAGUGGAGUGUGCAAAAGAUGGUUGGGAGAAGCAACUUGCGUUUCACCAAAUGGGCGUUGUUAUGCUUGAGAGAAAAGAAUACAAAGAUGCACAGCAUUGGUUUCAGUCAGCAGUGGAGGCAGGGCAUGUUUAUUCUACGGUGGGAGUUGCAAGGGCCAAAUACAAGCGUGGCCACACGUAUUCAGCAUAUAAGUUGAUGAACUCACUUGUUUCUGAACAUAAACCAGUUGGGUGGAUGUAUCAAGAAAGGUCUUUGUAUUGUAUGGGGAAGGAGAAACAAAUGGACUUGCUAUCAGCAACUGAGUUAGAUCCAACUCUUUCAUUUCCUUAUAAAUUUCGAGCUGUUUCUUUCUUGGAAGAGAACAGGAUUGAAUCUGCCAUUGCAGAAAUCAAUAAAGUAAUCGGUUUCAAGGUUUCUGCAGAUUGCCUUGAACUGAGAGCUUGGUUCUUGAUUGCCAUGGAGGAUUAUGAAGGAGCCCUUAGAGAUGUUCGGGCAAUUUUGACGUUGGAUCCAAAUUAUAUGAUGUUUUAUGGCCAUAUGCAUGGUGAGCACUUGAUAGAACUUCUCAGUCCUGUUGUUCAACAGUGGUGCCAAGCUGAUUGUUGGAUGCAGUUGUAUGAUCGGUGGUCCUCUGUUGAUGAUAUUGGUUCAUUGGCUGUUGUACACCAAAUGUUAGCAAAUGAUCCGGGGAAAAGUCUUUUACGUUUUCGACAAUCUCUCCUUCUGCUACGGUUAAAUUGUCCAAAGGCUGCCAUGCGUAGUUUGCGGAUGGCUAGAAACCAUUCUAAUUCUGACCAUGAAAGACUUGUGUAUGAAGGUUGGAUAUUGUAUGACACUGGUCAUCGUGAAGAAGCAUUAGCAAAGGCUGAGGAAUCUAUUUCAAUUCAAAGAUCAUUUGAAGCUUACUUUCUCAAAGCAUAUGCAUUAGCUGACUCAAAUCUUGACUCAGAGUCUUCUAAGUAUGUGAUCCAUCUCUUGGAGGAAGCUCUAAGGUGCCCUUCAGAUGGUCUUCGGAAAGGGCAAGCACUGAAUAAUCUAGGGAGUGUCUUUGUAGACUGUGAUAAACUAGACCUUGCUGCUGACUGCUACUUGAAUGCACUCAACAUCAAGCAUACACGAGCACAUCAAGGGUUGGCACGAGUAUAUCAUCUUAAAAACCACCGCAAAGCAGCAUAUGACGAGAUGACAAAGCUAAUAGAAAAGGCUCGAAGCAAUGCAUCAGCAUAUGAGAAACGUUCAGAAUAUUGUGAUCGUGACAUGGCAAAGAGUGAUCUUAGUAUGGCAUCAGAAUUGGACCCUCUCAGGACUUAUCCUUACAGAUAUAGAGCAGCUGUUUUGAUGGAUGAUCACAAGGAAGCUGAGGCAAUAGCAGAGCUUUCAAGAGCCAUUGAUUUUAAGCCAGAUCUACAAUUGUUACAUCUUCGAGCGGCAUUUUAUGAAUCAAUGGGUGAUUAUGCUUCAGCUGUGCGGGACUGUGAAGCAGGCCUCUGUCUUGAUCCUAAUAAUAAUGAAAUUCUUGAUCUUUGUAACAAAGCACGAGAGCAUCUUAGAGAACAACCAAAGUAG